AUGGCGGCAGCUACAGGCGUGCCGGAGAACUCGACGACGGAACAGACGCCACAGGCGCCGCAGGCAGACCGCAUCAUGCGGCUUCCGCCAUUGCCAAAUCCGCUCUCGCAGCGGGGACCAGCCGCCUUCGCGCAAGCCGGCGAGGCCAUGAAUACGCUGAACAUGCUGAGUGCGGGCGCGGCGAACGGCACGGUUGUGUUCGUGAUCCACAAGCUGACCGCAGACUACCCCUACCCGACCAAUACAUCUUACCCCGUUCCGCCGCUACCGCCCAUCCCGGUACCGUUGGGCGUGAAGCGAUAUCGCCCGCAGCCGUCCAAGACCAUCCUCCCUGACCUCUCGCCACCUAUUCCACCUUCUUCACCACUGUACGGGAUCGAGGAUGCAGACGAGGCUGUCGCCGCGCACAACAAGGCGUACCCCCAGUUCGUCGCUCGGUACGAGUUCAAGGGUUCGACACUGCUUGUCCGCAUCGGUGGUGGGGGCUGGAUCCGCGUCUUCCUCAGCGGGAGCGACGUUCUUGGUGUUAGGUUCCUGCCGUCCAGGAGUACUAGCGUGUUGUCAGCUGCAAAACGUGAACCGAAGCUGACCUCAGGUGCCUCCUGUUCAUGCUCUUCCGCCCUCGGGCCCCUCGGUGCAGAUUACGGAGCUGUUCAACUCUUUGCACAUGAACAUUCCCCAGAUCCUCUUCCGCAUCCCAGCGCUGUUCAAGCUGCUCUACGAGCCGUGCCACUACUGUCAUCGCCGCCUGAGCGAGAUCGACGGAUACCCGCUGGGACGCAUCGGUUGGUUGCCGUAUCCGCCUAA